AUGUAUCGUCGCGAUCCUAUAGUCUCGUCUUCACCACCGCCUACUAUAUCACGCGCUGCUUCACAUGGCAACGACGAAGCCAACGACACCUACGUCACCCAGCCGACGCAAAUCCUCGGUGAACGCUCGCCUUUCUUUGCUGCGCCAUCUGAUAGCACCCAACCUACUCUUAUAGUCACUCCGCGCGCAAACAGAGUCCAAAGCACCGUUUCUUCGCAAUUGCAAGUCCCGCGCUCGUCGCCUACCCGCUACUCUUCGCCCGUCAUGUCGCCCCAGUCGCAACGCCCGUAUAUGGGCUAUAGCAAUCCAAUGGCGCCGCCUGGCACGAGCUUCUUUCCUCCACAAGCCGUUCGCAAGCCAAUCCACGACAUUACCUCUGACGACGAUCCACCUGUCGAACGCGACCCGGACGAAGAAGAGUCUGAGUUCAGGUCGAACAUACCCCUGUCUAAGAUUGAGAUGGUUUCAAUGACGUCGAGAGUUGAGGAGACACCGCAGAAGCCGAUGUUCGAUUUAUCGGGAUACAAAUACAGCGGCGAUGAUUCACGGAAACGGCCGUCUGAUCGCUACGGUUCAAGUACGCCACCGAAGAGGCAAAAGGCAGUGCCGCAAGGACGUCCUUCGCGUGCCAUGCCAGUCGACUUGACCAGGGACGACGAAAUGACUCUGGACGAUAUAAAAGAUGUUACUAUGAAGCACGCCACGCAACAACUAAAAAACGUAUAUCACUUACGUACAGUGAAGCAGGUGUACGAGGCGCUGGUCAUGAAGAAGGGCAAUGUCCAGGAUGCUUCCACAUACUUGGCAGACCAAGAGUCCGACGACGAGUUGCUUCAACUUCCUCAGUUUGGUGUAGCUCAGCCCAAGUCAAAUCCGGUUGUCAAGAAGACUGCCCAGCGUGUAUUGAAGCAGCCAGUGAAGUCAUUACAGGACAAAUACUCAAAGCUGGGAGCAACGCAGACUGCCCCGGUCGUCAUUGAUAGCCCUGAGAGGGAGCAACCGAGGAAGAGGGGUCGGCUCGUCAAGGGAACAGAUAGGAAAGGCAGAGUCGCCUUUUCGCCCUCACCAGACGCUUCACCGCAGCGCCCGCAACCGCCCAAGAAGCAAGCCCCAAUCGUUGUCUCUUCGGACGAGGAUGAGGGUAUUGACGCCGCGCAUGUUAUUGACGAUGACGACCCGGACGCAAGCAUGGCGGCGGAGAAUAGUUUCGACGAGAAAGCUCUCUUGAACUUCUUCAACACUUGUUCAGUCGAGGCUAUGGUUGAUCUGUCCGGGCACAAGGAGGAGGACAUACAAGAGAUAUUCCAACAACGUCCUUUUGCUUCGCUCGAUGCCGUUCGUAAAGUUCAUGCCGACCUUGCACCAGUCGAGAAGGGAAAGAAGAAGGCUCGUAAGCCGCGAAUAACAACCGGUACGCGCCUUGUGGAGUCCACCGAGGGUAUGUGGAACGCAUACUCUACUAUCGACUCAGUCGUCAAGCAAUGUGAAGUCCUUGGAAAGCCAAUGAUUGCAGGAAUGGCUCGAUGGGGGAUUGACAUUUUUGGUGCUUCGACGGAGGAAGGCAUGGAUGUAACUAGUCUCGACGAUAGCAGCGACACCAGCUCUGCGCGAGACUCAGGUUAUCACACGCCGCGGAGUCCCAAUGGCAGCGAUACGGAGUUACAGAGCGUACGCAAAGCAGCCAGCCGUACGAAGCUACUGAAACAGCCUGCCAUCAUGAAUGAUGAUAUCGAGCUCAAAGACUAUCAGGUUGUCGGUCUCAACUGGCUGAAUCUUUUGUGGCAGACGAAGACAUCUGGUAUUUUGGCCGACGACAUGGGUCUGGGCAAGACAUGCCAAAUUAUUGCGUUUUUAUCGCAUCUGAAAGAGCAAAACGGGGGCAAACCUGCGCUUAUUGUUGUACCAGGAUCGACUUUGGAGAACUGGUGUCGUGAAUUUGAGCGCUUCUCAAAGACCAUCCACUUUACGCCAUACUACGGAUCACAAGCAGAGCGCUUUUUGCACCAGGACAGCAUUCUUGAGAAUAUCCGGCAGGGCACGUGUGAUGUGAUCAUCACAACGAUCUUGUUGACUGGUACGCCGCUGCAGAACAGUCUUCAAGAGCUCAUGUCGAUCCUUGGUUUCUUGAUGCCCAAGGUCUUCUACGGAGAUCAGCAAGAGGAAGUUCAGGAGAUGUUGCAGAUUUUGUUCAAACACAAGGCCAAGACUAUGGAGAGCGACUCGCAUAGCUCUUUACUGUCUGCGCAGCGUAUCCAGCGUGCUCGUACGAUGUUGAUGCCGUUUAUUCUCCGACGAAAGAAGGCACAGGUGCUCAAGCAUCUCCCGAAGAAGACUUCACGCGUUGAGUACUGCGACCUCACCGAUACCCAGAGGACGCUGUACAACGAGCAACUAGCCAAGCAGCGCAAGAUUCUCGAGGACCGAGCCGCUGGCAUUCCCGUCAAGGAUCACGCCAACGUUAUGAUGAAGCUUCGUCAAGCAGCUAUUCAUCCUCUACUCUUUCGUCACCGUUACGACAACGAUAAGAUUCGGAAGAUGGCCAAAGCCUGUCUAAAGGAAGAGACCUUUGCCGAAAGCAACCCGGACAUCAUCUACGAAGAGCUAGAGCUCUACCAAGACUACCAAUGUCACCAGCUUGCUUCCAAGUAUCGCGCCCUCAAGAAAUUCGAGCUCCAAAACCACGAAUGGAUGGACUCCGGCAAGGUCGCCAAACUCCUUGCGCUACUGAAGAAAUACAAGGAAAACGGCGAUCGCGCCCUCGUCUUCUCGCAAUUCACGUCCGUCAUGGAUAUCCUCGGCUGGGUCUUUGACGACCACGACAUCAAUUUCAUGCGCAUGGACGGCUCCACUCCAAUCCAAGAGCGCCAGUCUUUGAUGGACGUUUUCUACCAAGACGAAUCAAUCCAGCUCUUCAUGAUCAGCACAAAGAGCGGUGGUGCAGGUAUCAACCUCGCCUGUGCUAACAAAGUCAUCAUCUUCGACUCGUCGUUCAACCCACAAGACGACAUCCAAGCCGAGAACCGUGCUCACCGCGUCGGUCAAACGCGCGAGGUGGAAGUUGUACGACUUGUAACCAAGGACACCGUCGAAGAGCAGAUCUACGCUCUUGGCGUGAGUAAGCUUGAGCUAGAUAAGAUGGUGCAGGGAGAAGAAGGCGAAGAUAAAGGCAAGGGCAAGAAGAAAGAUACCACCGCUUUGAGCAAAGCCGAGGAAGCCGGUAUAGAAGCUGUUGAGUUGAUGAUGAUGCAGCAACUCAAGAGUCCGGAGGAGAAGUCAGAUAAAGACAUGGGAAAAGGAGAUGUCAAGGAGUUGUACUUGGAUGGCUUGAAGAAGGCGGGUUUGGAUGUUGCGGCUUGAUGAACUAGACGGCAGUUGUUCAAUGACGUUUUGGUAUACAGGAAAGAAAAGUUGGUUAUGAGUUGUGGUAUGAGGUUGCAUGGAUGGGGUGUUUAGAUGUUUUCGGUCAAAGUACAGUGGUGUAUAGCAUAGCAUUCAGCGUAGGCGUUUUUUUAUUUUCUUCGCUUCUUCGCUUCUUCAUUGAGACCACAGGGUAGGCUGGGGGUUCUUUCCAAACAUAGAUUACGUUUCUUUUCGCUUCUUCUUCUUCUUCUUCUAGGAUAAUUAGGUAGCCGGUAGUACGAUUCUACCUUGACACGCAAUAUUAGACUUGAACCUU